AUGUCCUCUCCUCGCCCUGCUUCGCCCGUCAACGCCGCUGCUUCGACCGGUUCGACUACUGCUCGCGCAGCUUCUCCCAGAGCCCCUGGCGGUCCCGCAACCGCCAUUCGCAGAAAGGCUGCCGCUGACCGUGCCGACCGCGCCGCCAAUGUCAGACCCAGCAGCACUCGCGCCGCCGGUGCUGGUGGUAGCAGCAGCACCAUGCUGAGACUCUACACCGAUGAGUCGCCUGGCCUCAAGGUCGAUCCCUUUGUUGUCCUCGUCCUCUCCGUCGGCUUCAUCAUCUCAGUUGUCGCACUACACAUUCUGGCCAAGAUCACCAAAAAGUUCUCCUCGUAG